AUGAUGGCUGCUACUUUCAAAUGCCCACCUACGACGGGACUUCACGGUUGGGGCAUUGAUGCCUCCACCCCUCGAUCUUCUAGAAACUUUGUAAGGUUCUACUCAAUGCGAUUCGCCUGCAACACGCGCUACGAUAAAUUGCAUCACGUACAUGCAUCUAUUUCUCACGCCUCUUUCGUUGAUCCUACAUCACUCUCCGUUUCCCACGAAUCAUCAAUUGAGAGUACUUUGAUAUUGAUUCGUCAUGGGGAGUCUUUGUGGAAUGAGAAGAACUUGUUCACCGGAUGUUGCGAUGUGCCGUUGACCAAGAGAGGUGUAGAGGAAGCCAUUGAAGCUGGUAAGAGGAUUACCUAUAUACCGGUUGAUAUGAUUUUCACGUCUGCACUGAUUCGAGCACAGAUGACGGCUAUGCUUGCAAUGACUCAGCACCACCAGAAGAAGGUUCCUAUUAUCAUCCAUAAUGAGAGUGAAGAGGCAACAACUUGGACUCAAGUUUACAGCGACAAAACCACCAAGCAAUCUAUUCCAGUUAUUACUGCUUGGGAGUUGAAUGAAAGAAUGUAUGGGGAGUUACAGGGUCUUAAUAAGCAGGAGACUGCAGAAAGAUAUGGGCAUGAGAAGGUGCAUGAAUGGCGUCGGAGUUUUGACAUUCCUCCUCCCAAGGGCGAGAGCCUGGAAAUGUGUUCAAAGAGAGCUGUUGCGUAUUUUAAAGAUUUUAUUGAACCUCAACUGAAAUCAGGAAAGCACGUGAUGGUUGCUGCUCACGGAAACUCAUUGAGGUCCAUUAUAAUGUAUCUUGAAAGAUUAACCUCUCAAGAGGUCACUAGUUUAGAAUUAUCAACUGGGAUACCGUUGCUGUACAUAUACAAAGAGGGGAAGUUUAUGAAUAGAGGAAGUCCCGUGGGGCCUACAGAAGCUGGUGUUUAUGCAUACACUCAGAGUUUAUCUGUUUACAGACAGCAGUUGGAUGAAAUGUCUCCUUGUGAAUGA